GUAAAGCUCGCGCGCCCCACAGCCUGGCCACCGCCAUCUUAGAGGCUUGUCCGCCUCCCGACAUCCCGUGGGCUGGAGGGCAACUCUUCCGCGCCAUGCUGUUCGCGGCGGUCUUGCUGGCGCUUGGAACACGUUUCCAUGAUGUCAAAGGUCACCCUCUGGAAAAGCGGGUCCUCGGUGCCGAUGACUCGACGGCGAAGGAAAACAUGUACAAAAUCCUCAACGGAGAACCGGCCAAGCCAGGGGAGUAUCCAUUCGCGGUGUCCCUGGAGGUGGCGGGCCAGCACUUCUGCGGCGGCACCGUGGUGUCCCAGUACUGGGUGGUGUCGGCGGCGCACUGCUUCCCCACGCCCAACAUGAGGUCGCUGGUGCAAGUCCGGGCCGGAGUCACGUCGCAGGGUCGCGGCGGCACCCUGCACCACGUGGACCAGGUCGUCAGCCACCCGGAGUACAACGAGCCCAGCCUCUACAACAACGACAUCGCGCUGCUCAAGGUGAAAGAGCCCUUCACCGAGGCUGCCGUGAGGCCGGCGAGGCUGGCUGACCACAGAGACCUCCUGGACCAAGGCACGGAUGUCGUCUCUGCCGGAUGGGGCAUCACCACCAAGGACGGCUCCGGAGGGCCCAGCCCCGACCUGCUGGAGGUGUCGCUGACCGUGGUGGACCGCAAGAAGUGCAACCGUCUGCCCGGCAUCAGCCACCUGUACGAGGUCGGCGGUCUGGUGGUCACCGAGAACAUGAUCUGCGCGCGCGCCAGGGACAAGGACACCACCAAGGGGGACUCCGGCGGCCCGCUGCUGCGCCGGGAGGGCGGAGACCUGGUGCUGGUGGGCGUGGUCUCCUGGGGCGAGGGCCAGGGCAGCUGGGACAGCCCCGGGGUCUACACGGACGUCGCCAAGUACGAGAAGUGGAUCUACUGGACCACGCGCGAGGACGGAGCGCACACCGAGCCCUCCUUCGCCGCCGACGAGUAGCCCGACCCGAGACAGACCACAGCUCUGUCAAUGUAGAGCCCGCAACAUUUAUCCCACGCAGUUGUAACCUAUCGGGAAUAAUGUUAUAUCGUUAAUAGCCACCCAACUGCCGAGAUAAUAAAUGUUUCUCCUUUGUGAGCACUUCGACAUAGCUCAAAAGACAGUUUCUUAAAAAAAAAAAAAAAAAUUAUUUGCGAAUGCUUACAAAAUCCAUUAAUUUGAUUGAUUCAUAAUUUAUUUUUAAAAAAAUGCAUUUUAAUUAAUAGCCAUCAGAGAGAACUUAACUUCUCUUUUCACGAAAGUUGAAACAUUUUCUAAGUUCUAUAUUGAUGAAGUAUGUUGUUUUUGUAUUUACUGUUUAAACUUCUUUUCAUUAUAUUAUUGUAAACAAAGAGAGAGAGAGAGAGAGAAAACUGUUUCAUACACCAGAAUAUAUUUGUGCAGUAAAUAAAUUGUUAACAUUUGA